AUGGAGAACGAAAGAGGAGAGAUUGUCGAUCUCUACGUCCCCCGCAAGUGCUCUGCCACCAACCGCAUCAUCAAGGCCAACGACCACGGCUCCGUCCAGAUCUCCAUCGCCAAGGUCGACGAGACCGGCCGCUACACCGGCGAGAACCAGACCUACGCUCUGUGCGGCUUUGUGCGCGCGCGCGGCGAGAGCGAUGACUCGCUGAACCGCCUGACGCAGCGCGAUGGUUACCUCAAGAAUGUGUGGUCUGCUAGCCGGUAA